ACACCGCCUGCAAAUAUUCGCAGAGAAAAAAGAAGUAACUAAAAAUCGUUUUAUUUAUAACGAAAAACUUAUGGUGCUGUAAUUAAGGCCAACUCGGGCUACGGAUUAGGGACAGCUGAGUCCGAUGAGCAGCAUAGCCGAUACUUGCCAGCAGCUGAGGAGGCGCUAGGAGUCCAGGAUCUAGGCGCUUUUCGGCCGGGAAAACGCUGCCUAGUUUUCCCCCAGGAGAAGAGGGGAAACCAGGAAGAAGGAAUUACAUUAAGUCUGAUUUUGCAAAAAAGGCAACUGAAAUGGACGUCGAGUCGCUGUCGGGGUCUGACGAGGACGACAUCUCCACGGUGGACAGCUACAGCUCCGACGAGUCCGCGGACGAGCCGGCCCGUGGAGCCACGCCAGCCUUUGGGGCCAGGACACGGAAUCUGGUGCAGAUGCUGUACGACAGGGAGCGCACUGGCUACUUCUCUGGUUCCUCGCGCGCUUGCCAAAAGCCACAGCUUCCCUACGACAGAGUGCCAAAUAGGUUAAAGCUCUACCUCAAAGACGUCUUGGCCAGCAAUGUGAUGGAGGGGCACAUAUUCAUGGGACUGACGGCCUGCGGACAGUACAUGCUUAGCCACCGGGUGGUGUGCAAUGACAGUUCCUCGCUGAACCAUUACUCCUUUAAUGUGGGCUACAAGUACACACUCUACUUCUGGCUGUUUCAGCCCCACAAGCAUCUGCGCUACUUCUUCUCGCGUCGCCUCUUCGACGACCAUGUGGUGGACAACAUCAAGACUGUUAGUAUGACGCAGUGGAAGAAUGCCCAGCAUCAGAUUUUGGUUAUCCAUGGAGCUGCCACUGAAGAGGGCGAGGAUAGCUAUAUCACAUAUGUCAAAGUUCCUAAACUGGGUUGUUUGGAGUGCAAGAAACUCAAUGACGACGGUUCAUAUUCCUUUUAUAAUGCGCACUGCCUGAACUGCCACCUGACUGUGCAUACCAAGUACUCCUCGAUAGAAUCGGACCCGGUAUUCGAGCCGAAAAUUAAUCUGCUCUGUCCGGAGAGGAUUUUAAUCAUCUCCAAUGGUUUUAUGCACAUGCUGCGCAUCGAUGUGGACACGCCGGCCGUGACCUCGGGAAGCAGCAGCGGCAGCACCUACAUACCCCAGCAGAACAUGGUUCUGCCUAGUCUUCAGGCUCCUCCCCUUCCGAUGCCGUCUCCAUCCUUCCUGCUGCCCAGAACUCUGCUCUCCAGCGAAGAGGACCGUGCUUCGGUGGCCUUUACAGCCUCGGGAUCGGAGGCAGAGUCUGGCAGCGAACAGAGUGUCGUGGCUCGUAUCAUAGCGGACUUCAGUGACAUCGAAACGGAUUUGUCGCAGCGCUCCAACAACAAUAACAACGAGGUAGUGUCAACCGCUGGCAGCAACUGCUGUUCUCCCAGAGCUUACGAGCGGCUCAUAUUCACGCCGCACUCCAGUCCCAGCAGCCUCACGCUGCCAGAGACCACGCUGCCGGUAACCAAGCCAGCCAAUAUCAACGAAGCUAGUCAGUCGCGCAGACGCAACCAGCGGAUAGUGACCAAAUCCUAUCGCAAUGGCAUAACCACCAUAGACUUGCAGAGCACGCCCAGUUCGAGUUCCAUGACUGACAAAUCCAAUGCCUACGAAUUCUCAGAGGAUAACGAGAAGUACGAGAAGAUCUCCACGUUCCGCAAGCGACGGCUGGCUGAGAAGAAAUACGAGUUUUCGGAGGAUAACUCAGAGAACAUUAUACCCUUUACCAAAGUUCGGUUGGCGGGUCGGGCCUUUAAUUCCUCCGCUGCCAGCUCAGCGGCUCGCAGCUUUUCGCAUCGCUUCUCGCCUACCGCUCACUUUUUUCAUAAUUCCCCGUGCGCCUCGCCCUCCUCUUCGCCACAUCCCUCCUCCCAGCCGGCCCAGACGCCGCCGCAUCUGGGUUUCCGCUCGCCGCCGUCCAGCUCCAUGCUGAUGCGCUCCCCCAGCCGGAAUGCAAACGCGGCAUCUCAAAUCUUCAAUCAGAAGUCGCCGCCUCUGUCGCAGGCCACUCAGCAAAUGCUCAGCUACAAGCCGGUGGGACCGCUAGGAGCUCUCUCACCACUCCAAGUGACCAUGGCCAAGCGGUUUGAGAUCGGCGGCUCCAUGUCACCCAAUGCCGGCCUCUCGUUUUUGUCACCGCGGCGCGAGGAACCGCGCAUUGUGGAGAUGCCGAUGCUGGGCGGCGUGAUGCCGGAAAAGCCGGUGUGCACCAAGAAGCUGAGUCGUCGCUAUGUAGAGGAGGAUGACGCCACCUCGGUGAUCACCAGUGAAGAGGACGAUUGCAUAUCGCCGGGCUACCACACCUCGCUGCCCAUGGAGGUGCACGGCUCUUGCUACUCGGAGAUGCAGAUGAUAUCGCAGGCUUCCUACCAGCGCCUGCGUGCCAGCAGCAGCAGCGUGGUUAUUACCCAGCACUCGUUCGACCUGGAGACCUUCACAUACUACGUAAUUAGCAUGCUGUGCCAGAAGCACCAGAAGAUGUACAACGUCUUCUACGACUGGGCGUAUGAGGUGGUCAGCGUCUGCCCGCUCAGCCAGACAAUCGGCUGCCUGCUGGUGGCUCAGUUCUCGGCGCGGGAUCAUCCGCUGGCCAAUUGCCUGCACUGCACCGGACGAAUGGAUUGUGUGUUCCACAACAGGCAAUACGAGUGUCGCAUCCUGUUCACCUGGAACACGGAGAGCGGCCAGUGGCAGGUGCUAGACUACGGCGAGCUCAUGGAGACCCAUGAGCAGUUUAGUCCACUGAAGCGGUUGGGCAAGGCCCGCCUCACAUUCGCCCAGCUGGCCAGGAAGAUGGGUCAAGAGAUGGCCGAGAGCCUGAGACUAAAUCUACCCAACUACGCCUCCAAUUUGCGGGUGCUCAACUCGGAUAUAAGAAAGUCCAAGGCGUACAUAAGCGACCUCGAUAACAUGGUGGAGUUUCACUUGAAGCGCACACCACAGGGGACGAUUUAAGAACUUGCUUAAGUGGCUGGACACUGGUCAGGACACAACAAAUGGUAGUUUCCUUUUAACAGUAAAAGCUGGACUCUAAUAUUUAAAAACUAAUAUAAAAAGAGGCUUUGAGGAUUAGGAGUUUUUGCACUUAAACGAUAAACGUAUUUUUAUUGGUUGGUUUUUAUAUUUGUUAAUUUAUUUUCCUCUAGUUUUCUAAAUUCUUUUCAACAUGUAUAAUAUAUUAUAAAAUUUAUUUUUUUUUUUUUUUUUGUUUUCAUAAUUUAUUUAAUAGAAACUCAAUUUUCAAAACCCUAAUCAGCCACACAAUAACUAUUAGAAUCACCAGCUCUUACCUUAAGGGAAACCCAUUUUUGUGGCAGUGUUUUUUUUUUAGUUGUAAGACACUCGCUAAGGUUGCGCUCUUAUCUAGUUCAGUUCUAAACACAACAACAACAAAACGUGUGCUGUAUUUAGUUUUUAGUUAAAAAACAAUCUUACCUUAAUAAGUGCAACGAAACGCUUUUUCAAAACGGUUGAAACGCGUCUUUAUUUCGACUGAAGUCAUUUAAGAGAACCUACAAUCUAGCUGUAAGAUCCUGCUCAUACUUACAUAUACUUUUUGAUAUUGGGGACUUCGAUUCGACUAUUGACUCUACUAUUAGUUAGCAACACAUUUCGAUAUACGGUACUGGUUAUUGCAGUAUCUUAUUAGUUAGUUUCGUGAAAAAUAUACAAGUUUAAUAAUCAAACGUAAGACAUACUACAUAUACCUACAUAUUAAAAGAAAAUAUUAUUCUGCCAGUUACAAGUCCUAAAAUGAAAUGCUGGCUCAAAUAAAAGAGAACCUAACUAUGA